AUGGAUAAUUCUGAUUUCAAUCGAAAUCCUAACAUAAGUGUUAUUGUUAGUGGUCGUGCACGUGGUAGAAUUGUGUCUCAACGCUAUCAUCCAAAUGGUUCGGAUCCCUUGCUCCCACCAUUCGAGUUUAGACGACAAAGGAAUUAUCGACCUUUAUAUCGAGACUAUUGGACUCUCUCAUCAAGAAUCAGAAGUUACAAUCUUCCAUCGAGACCUCCUUUUCCUUCCGAUAUCAAUGUAACUAGCUUAGCAGAGGCUGGCUUUUACUACACUGGCUUUGCUGACGGCACAGUCUGUUACAGUUGCGGUGUUUUGUGGGAUAUGUGGACUGCUAAUGACGAUCCUUGGGUAAGACACGCUCACUUAUCACCAAAAUGUUACCACAUUUAUCUGCAUCGAGGGUCAAAUUUUGGAGAAACGAUAAGCAACAAUAGAUCGUCUGUUGAGGAAGCAAUAAGACGAUCAAAUGGUGAUGAUGACAGGCACAAAUGUAAAAUUUGUUAUGAAAAUGAAGUAAAUGUUGUAUUUAGUCCCUGUGAACAUGCAAUAGCUUGUUCUGAUUGUGCCUCAAAAUUACAGCAAUUACAUGGUAACAGCAAUUGUCCUUUUUGUCGAACUCCUUUGACUAAUAUUGCUAGAUUGAGAUUUGUAGAUUAA